CCCGUGCAAAAUUUCAGGGUCGGGUUCAGUCGCGGGAAGCAACGCCAACCGGAACGGGUGGGCGUUGCGUUGGACAGCUGUCGCGAAUACAUUGUUUUGUGUCGGUCUUGCUGGUUCAAAUAGAGGGAAGCGAAGCUGCAGACCUGCAUGCUCUCCGUCUCCGUUCUCGGAGACCCGGGAGGACGAAUGCAAAUGACGCGAUCUGAGGGAUUAUUGACGAACCACUCGGAGCCGGCGGUGGUGACGAGGAAUCAAUGGGAGGUGGAGUUCUCGCGCUUCUUCAAUUUACCACGGUGGGCCUCCGGCGCUCCGGCUGGCCUCCGGGCUCUCCCCAAGGGCAAGAUCCGAUCCACGGGCACAUGGAUCACCUCCUCCUCCCCGGCCCUUCUCAUCCUGCACAAGCCGACCGGCGCCUCUGCCUUCGUCCUCUCCGUCAACGUCCAGGAAUACGCUCUUGAGGAACACUUUGUUUCCAGUCUCCUCUUCUCAUGGCCGCAAGUUUCAUGUGUUUCUCAAUGCCCAGUCAGGGGGAGCAGGGUGGUCUUCAUGAGUUACAUGGAUGUCUCCAGCCAGAUUCAGAAGUUUGCUGUGCGAUUCCCAACUUGUUCUGAUGUUGAAGCAUUCCUUGCUUUUGUGAAGGAAUGUUCAAGGGGAAUGCCGGACAGUGACUUUGCACGUGAAACUUCAUCUCAAUCUGAAAUAAUUUCCUCUAAUGGACUUCAGUAUAGUUCUGGAGAACCUACAACAGCAUGUGGUUUGGAAGUACCAGCUUUAAGUUACAGCAGGGAGCAACCAGAGUUGCUGCAUUCUAGCUGCACUCAUUCCAUUUGCCCUGGCUUUCCACCUAGCUUUACAGAGCUUCUAACCAACUGUUCGAAUGGUACCCAAAAAGGCAUGUCGGAGCAAAACUGUUCUGCAAAUGGAUUCCUGAAUAAAAAUUCUGCUUCCAUUUCCAUCUAAUGAAGUUUUUGCUUAAUUUUCUUUUUUUAUUUAAAUUAAUAGAGCAAACAAAUCCCAUAGCUGAGCCUGAUGUUCC